AUUUCUGCAAAUCUUCAUCUAGCUGAAGGAGCAUUGCAAUACUAACUCAAUGACUGCUGGAAGGGAUGCAUGGAAUACCAGUUGAGCUUUGUUUUCACAUGAAAACCAUGAAGAAAACCAUGGGAACCAUAAAGAUACUUGCAGUCUAUAUUCUCUGUGGCUUAAUUUCCCCCUUAAAUGCAUUUUCCUUAAGAAAUUGCACUGUGGUUACUUCUCAAAAUGACAUCCAACCAAAAGUGCUUUGCUACAAAAUGGGCUUUUUCAAAGUUCCUUCAUACAUACCCACCAAUGCAAUGGUUUUCGAUAUUUCCUCUAAUUCCUUUUCACAAAUCAAAAUCGGAGAUUUCAAGGAUUUGUCAAAUUUAAGAUAUUUGAAUAUCUCCAACAACAAGAUCUCCUGGAUUGAAGAUGGAGCAUUGGACAGUCUUUCUAAUUUAACUCAUCUUAAUCUGGCCAGCAACAAAUUGAACAGAAUCUCGAAUGGUUUACUGUACGGUUUGGCCAAUCUGCUGGAACUGCGGCUUGAUGUUAAUGAUAUCAAUAACAUUGAAGAGUCGGCCUUCAUCAACCUUCAAAAUUUAAAGGUGCUAAACCUUACAAAAAACACCCUGCGGCGUAUAGAGAGAGUCAUGCCUGUUCUCGCGGCAUUACGUCUGGAGGAGUUGUACAUUGGAAGCAACCAUUUUGAUGUUUUUAACUCUUACGAAAUAUCAAAAAAGCCCUUAUCCUUGACCAGGCUUGAUAUUUCAAACAACCCAUUGACAACAUUUGGACUCACAGAAAAUAUAUUUCCCACUCUCAAUCAUCUUGAUUUGUCUAAUUGUGGUCAAAAUGGAAGCGUUGUUUGGAACAUUACAGAAAAGUCCUAUUUUGCAUCUGUAAAGACCUUAUACUUCAUGGAUGUUCAUAUGUCAUUGCAGAGUGUUUCAGCUGUGCUUAAGAGCUUCAAAGGCACGCUGAAUAAAAUCCGUCUUAACAGAAACGUCAAAUUCAACAUGGAACCCCUUCUACCUAACGCGUGUUCUCCUAUGCUGAGAGUUUUACGGCUAAUUGGAAAUGGAAUGACAAACCUCACUGAGCACAUGUUUGAACCCUGUUCUAAUCUGACAGAAUUAGAUUUAGGAGAAAAUGAAAUAUCCCAUCUGUCACCAACCAUAUUACGAACAUUUACCCAACUGAAAAUUCUGCUUUUGCAAAUCAAUAAACUUACUCAAAUAACAAACACCUUUCAAACACUCUCGACUUUGGAGUUCGUCGACCUCAGCAUUAACAAGAUCACCAAGCUGGAUUGUAACGAUUUCGGCAAUUUAACGCAUCUGAAAGUUCUGUACCUGUACGGUAACAGAAUCUCACAGAUCAGUUCCUGUCAUUUCCGAGAUCUGAAGAGUCUUGAGGUCCUCAAGCUGGGAACCAAUGACCUGUUAAGGAUCAGCGAUGCUUUUAUAAAUGGCCCACAUUCCCUGAAGGAACUGCAGUUGUCUUUUAAUAAGCUGAGCGUCAUCGAAACGGACACUUUUCGAAAUUUAUCGCAGCUUAACAGUUUGGAGGCACAGGACAAUCAGAUUUCACAAAUUAAAGCCUUUGCGUUCAGAGGACUGAAGAAUCUAACAUACCUUUCGCUAUCAUCAAACAAGAUAUCGGCUAAAACUUUCAGAGGCUCUAACGUGUUCUCGGGCAUGCCUAAUCUUCAAAAUCUAGAUUUGUAUUCCAACAGCAUAACAUUUAUGGAAAAUAAAUUGAAAAACCCUCCAUUUGCAGAACUGAAGCAACUCAAAAUAAUCGCCAUACACAGUCAACGUCGCGGUAUCGGCAACGUGCCCUCAAAUCUACUACAAGGCUUAUCAAACUUGGAGAUGUUUUGGGGCGGUAACAUGAAUCUGUUAUAUCUAAAUCCCUGCACAUUCCAGUUUAGCCCCAAACUCUGGUUUCUGGAUCUCUCCAAGAACGCUCUCUCAGAUGACAACGCCAUUCCCGCAGAGCUGUUUCAUCCCAUCUCAAUGCUUACUAAACUCAUUCUCUCUAGAACUCAGCUUCGGUCGCUAAACUUCCUGUUGGAUGCAAAUCUCUCUAGACUUAGUACCCUGAGAGCCCCAGGCAAUGAAAUCGAUGCCAUAAACAAAACGUUGAUUCAAUCUUUUCACAAACUGAAAGUCCUCGACUUGCAGAAAAAUACGUUCACUUGUGACUGUAACAAUGCAUUCUUUAUUGACUGGGCCAUGAGGGAUAAUUUUACUCAGGUCAUCUAUUUGAACAAGUACGCUUGUAGCUAUCCUUCCACCUUGCGAGGUAUGAAAUUGACUGAUUUUAAUACCGAAUCCUGCAUCAUGAAUAUUGACUUCAUCUGCUUCCUUUGCAGCAGUAUUGUGGUCGUCAUUACACUCCUCUUAGCAUUUUUCUGGCAAUUUCUGCGCUUGCAAGUAGUUUAUGCGUAUUAUCUCCUCCUGGCCUACCUUUAUGAUAGCAAGAAGAAGCACCAACAAGAAUUCAUGUAUGAUGCAUUUAUUUCUUACAACGCACAAGAUGAGCCUUGGGUCGUGGAGAAAUUGAUUCCUGAAUUAGAAGGAAACCAAGGUUGGAGAUUGUGCUUGCACCACAGGGACUUUGAACCAGGAAAGCCGAUCAUGGAUAACAUCAUUGAUGGAAUAUACAGCAGCCGGAAGACCAUCUGCCUGAUCACAAGAAACUAUCUGAAGAGCAACUGGUGUUCCAGUGAGGUCCAGGUGGCAAGCUUCAGACUCUUCGAUGAGCAAAAGGACGUACUGAUUCUGGUUUUCCUGGAGGACAUUCCCUCACAUCAGCUGUCUCCUUAUCACAGGAUGCGAAAGCUGGUGAAGAAGCAAACCUACCUUCGCUGGCCAAAAGAUGGAGAAGAUAGCAGGAUUUUUUGGCAGAAAUUGAGAAUAGCUUUGGAGACCAAAGAGGUCUUAUGCGGAUUAUAAAACACCAAAUGGACCACAUAACUCAUGUAUGAAAUAUGCUAAACAUGUUGUUUUAAGGUUUACGGCCUAAUGUGACAUAAAUGUCACCACAAUAUUUGAUUAAAUUGUUUUAUGUCCAUUUGUUCAAGAAGUGUGUUCAAAGAUUGAAUGUAAUGUGUAAAAUGAAGCGUUUAUUUGCAAAAACAGAUAACUCAGUGUUUUUAAAAUGUUCAAAAUGUUCGCGUUUUUAUUGUGUUGGUUAGCUGUAAAACAACACAACUGUAGUUUGAUUGAUACACAAUCAUUUCUGAACAUUUAAAAAAUUCAGUUAUUGAAUUUUGCAAAUAAGCUCUACACACGUUAUUAAAACAUUAGAGUUCUUAAAUGGGUUUAAAUCUACUUUAUAACAAUUUUGGAAAUGUUGUCAUAACUCACAGACCUAACCCAGAUGUUGAUAUAUCACUUAUGGAAAUUCAUUUAAUUUCAAUUAUUGAAGUGUUAGACUUUUAUGUCAGUUUUAUGUUUUUUUAAAUGUUUAACAUUUAUUCAAAUUUUUUGUUGUGGUUUUUUUUUGUUUAGUAAAAAUGAGAAGAUUUUCGAACUGUUGAAUUUUGAACUUUGGAUUUUUUUUAACUCCUUUAAAUGUACAAUUUCUGUCACAGUUUUUCGAAUGCAUUGAAAUGUUACUUAGUACUUCUUAAAAACAAAAUAUCUUAGUCAGCAUAUUUAAAAACUGUCCAUGUAAACAAGUCAAGAUCUAGAGGUGUCCGUGGGCUGAAAUCUGGCCCACACAGUGCGCCCCCGGAUAGUCGGAGACGGGGGUUGAAAGUGCUCCUCUGCAGGCAGAUUAUAUUAUAUUUAACUGUCUAAUUUAAUCAAACUAAAAUCAUUGUGGUUCAAUUAGCAUGCUAAAUGUAACUAGUUUCUCAGUUUCCCAUUUCUAUCUGCAUUAAGUGUCCCCAAAAGGAAACUGAAGUAACGUGUGCAUAGAGCCCAUUAUCUCUGAACAUGAUCACUGUUUUCAUGGAGUAAUGGAAGUGUGGGAGGAGAGCAGGAGUACACUCAGCUUUUCUUCUUCCUGUCAUUCUGACCUUUGACACCAGCACAGUAGCUGACAUAAGAUCUAUCUGCUGAAGUGUUGUGAACAACAUGCCUCCACGUUCUCCACUCCACGCCUCCACACUGUCUGUCAUUGUCCACAUCCCAGCAUGUCCCCUGCUGCCUCACAGAACCCCUUUAGACUCAAGAAGCUCUUAUGCUCAUUUCAAAUGAAUCACAGUUACAACAAUUGAGUCUGUUAAAGAUAUUCUGCAUGUGCAAAUGAUAUCAGAUGGAAAGAUGUUUUAAGGCACAUGUUGCCAAAAAUACGUUUGUUGCAUCACAAUGUUCUGGUGUUGGUAAAGGGACAAUUGUUCAG